AUUUGUUUUGGAGGAAUCGAUCAUGGCUGUGAUCCUUUUGAUAGCUCUCAUUACUUUUGUGGUCGUUGUACUAACACAGCUAUUUAUCAAUUACAUCAAAUUAAAGUAUGCUUACCGAGGACUUCCUGAGCCUACUUACGACAAAUACUGGCUAGUAGGACAUCUACCACAUUUUCAAGGAGGGGUUUAUGACCAGUAUAUAAUGGAUAAGAUGAUUGAAUGGAUGGGAAAAUAUCGACACCUGUUUGUUCUCUGGGUUGGACCAACCGAUGUGUGGGUGGAACUCCAUCACCCAGAGUCUGUGAAAAAGAUACUGGUCACAGCAGAUCCCAAGGCCGUUGGAUAUGGUCAGGUAUACAGACAUGGAAUUCCGUGGCUGGGAGAAGGACUUUUGAUUGCAGGUGGUGCCAAAUGGAAACGCUCAAGACGUCUACUCACCCCUGCCUUCCAUUUUGACAUCUUGAAACCAUAUCUCAAGAUCUUUAAGUCGUGUGCAAAUAUCCUAGUGAAAAAUAUAAAGAUUCAGUCAGAAAAAGGUGACAGUGUGGAGAUUUUCAGCUUGGUCAGUUCUUGUACCUUAGACAUUAUACCCAGAUGUGCUUUCUCAUACGAGUCAGAUUGUCAAAACAGGUUUGGAAUCAAAACUUUACAUCCAUAUAUCCAAGCUGUGUAUGAUUUGACAUUGGAAUGGACACGUAGAAACGGUUCUCCAUGGCUUUAUUCAGAUUUUAUUUAUAAUCUAACAAAAGGUGGCAAGAAAUUCAAGGAAAAUUGUGAUUUUGUGCAUAAAGUAGCAGAUGACGUCAUUGAAAAACGUCGCCAAGCUCUGAAAGAUGACGAAGUUUCAUCAAAGAAAUACCUGGACUUUCUCGACAUUUUAUUGACUGCCAGAGACGAAGAUGGUAACCGUAUGUCAAAGGAAGAUAUACGUAAUGAAGUGGACACAUUUAUGUUUGAGGGUCAUGAUACCACAGCUAGCGCCAUCUCUUGGAUCCUGUAUUCCUUGGCAGAGCACCCGGAUCAUCAGAAGCAAUGCCAGGAGGAAAUUGACAGGGUUGUCAGUGAAACCAAGUCUGGAGAACUCGAAUGGAAGGAUCUAGAGAGAUUGGAGUACCUUACACGGUGUAUCAAAGAAGGAAUGCGGCUACACACACCUGUCCCUUUGAUCAUUAGAAACAAUCAGUCUACUAUCACUGUGGAUAAUGAAGUUGUCCCAGCUGGAAGUACGAUACUCAUCAAUAUUUACAGUUUACACCACAAUGCUGAAGUUUGGGGAGAGGACCACAUGAAAUUUAAACCUGAAAGGUUCACAAAAGAAAAUAUGGAAAAGAGAGACUCGUUUGCAUUUUGUCCAUUUUCCGCUGGUCCCAGAAACUGCAUAGGACAAAAUUUUGCCAUGAGCGAGGAAAAGAUAGUUUUAGCAACUCUUCUUCAAAGGUUUACGUUUACCGUGGAUGAAAAACACAUUGUUGAGAAGCAGGUGUUAGUAGUAAUGCGAGCUAAAAAUGGCAUUAAACUGUUUGCUAUUCCAAGGUGAACUACGUCUCCACUGUCAACUUCAAUGCUGAUGUCCGGUUGGCCAGAUGGACAUUCAAAGUUCUUCUUGUAUGAAAAUGAACCUCAAUUUUUUUUACGAUAAAUAUGGGAAGAAAAUAUUUAAAAAUAAAUAAUGUCAUAAGUUUAUCCUUAAAUUUUAAAAGUAUAAUAAAAA